AAGGGGACUGUGCAGGACUGUCUUGUCUGAGCUCUCUGCUUGUUUUCUUUUGUUUGAGCUGAAAUUCAGGUAUUUCUUUACACAGGAGCAGCAGGAUACAUUUCCAUUACAAAAGGUGUUGAAAGUGGCAGAUGUGGAGAGAGAGUUUGGCAACUACCUCUACUCUACGCAGGACUUUAAGGAUGCCAAAGCCAGAUACAAAAGGGCAUUCUCCGUCCUUGAUCGCAGCCCUUCCAGUGAGGCAGAGCGGUGUCAGAUCAAUGCUUCCAGGCUGCUGGUGCUCCUGAAUCUCUCGCUUACUUACCUGAAACUGGAAUGUCCUGCCAAAGCUUUGGCCUACGGGGAGAAGGCCUUGGAGAUCGACCGAAGGAACGUCAAAGCGCUGUUCAGGUGUGGCAAGGCUUGUCUCUGCAUGAAGGAAUACGAAAAAGCCCGGGAUUUCCUGGUCAGAGCUCAGCACGUAGAACCGUUUAACCGCGAUAUUAACAACGAGCUGAAAAAGUUGGCGAGCUGCUACAAGGACUACGUGGAAAGGGAGAAAGAAAUGUGCUGCCGAAUGUUUGCCGCCCUCAACUCUUCUGACUGACCAGAAAUAAAGG